AUGUGCACCACAAAGCUUUCCUUUUCGGUUGGUUGUCACUUUACACCGUUUCGAAUGGUUGACGUUGUUGCUCCACGAGUAGUAGACGCCGCAAACGACAGUAGCAUUACGAAUGAGCAGCGCUUGGUGAGUAUCGGCCGACUGCAUACCGGAAUUCAGCAGCUUCUGGCCGCUGUAAAUGCUAGAGACGACGACGGACUUAAGGAAUACCCACCAUUUCAAGCGCUCUUGACCUCGUUUGAUUCAAAUGAAAAGCAGGACCGUGACUCUGCAUCUCGCACGCAAUUGCAAGCACUGGCCUCAUGUUUAACACACAACGAUCUGCGCAUGACCAUUGUUAAGUACGUGCGGCCUUUCUUAUUGGACCUGAUACUGCGGCUUACAGACCCGGUCUUACCGCUCUACGACCAACAGCAGCACAGUGAGCUCAUCGACAGCAUGAAGCGAAGCGAACUUGUCGCUAUGACUUUAUCUGAGCUUCUUAUCUUUUUUCCAACCUCCAGUAUUUUGAUCCUGCAGUACUUUAAAACAGCGCCGUGCUUUUUUGCCUUUACUGACGUCAUGGUCACUCAAAAACAGCAGACCGAAGAUACAAUAAAUCGGCUUCGAAGUAUCGCCAAGACAGCAUUUCAGCUACUACGAGCAAGACCUAUAGAACUUAUGACGAUUUGGAAUUGGACAUCAUUUUUUCCACUUGGCUUUCACGACGACCUAUACGUGCGAUGGUAUGCUGCACGUACGACAGCUGUAGUCUUGAAGAUGAGCAAUGCCCAGAGAACCGCUUUUUUAAAUGAAUUAUGUGUUGGUGAAGAUGCUGCACUGUGUGAUGGAUCAAUUGUUCGACAGAUUGAACUGGACUUGCAUAGUGAGGACACAACGCGACAGGAACAAUUCAUUAAUGUGAGUAUUUAUCACCCACAGAAUGAUGACAAGGUGGAAGAGACACAAUCGCCACCUUUUCAUGAGAUGCUGCAGAGCAUAUUCGGCGUAAUUAUUCCUAGUAGCAAGCUGUAUCGGAACUAUGACAUAGGCAAGGACACUUCAGUGAUCACCCAACCGCUAGUACCUACGCCAUCAACCAAGCGGAACCUUCAGUCGCUUGCAAUUGCGCUAGGUUUGAAGCGUCCAAUAUUGGUCACAGGUCCAGGUGGAUGUGGUAAGACAGCUAUGAUUCGAGAGCUUGCUCGACUCUCUGGUAAUUAUGACUUGGUAGAGCUGCAUCUAGACGAUCAAAUUGAUAGCAAGACAUUGCUGGGAUCGUAUGUGUGUACUGAUAUACCAGGACAAUUUACAUGGCAACCUGGAGCGCUUACAAAUUCUGUACUUGCUGGUCGGUGGGUGAUCAUUGAAGAUAUCGAUCGUGCUCCAUUCGAGGUACUGGCAGCACUAAUGCCGCUGCUUGAAACACGCGAAAUGGUCCUUCCUGGUCGUGGAGAGGUACUUAUGGCACACUCAAACUUUCAAAUAUUCGGAACGACGACGCAUGGCCAUCACAUGCCCAAAGGGUUUCAGGAAUCGGUCUGGACGAGUGUACGCAUUGCACCACUCGCAGAGAGUGAGAUCGAGCAGAUCAUAAUGACGCGCUUUACAAAAAUUCGACGACAUUAUGUCGCCAAGAUCAUGGCUACAUAUAACGCGAUAUCUGGUAACACAAGCGAUGAGAGUGGUAGCACUGCGCAGAUUUGGAUGGAAACACGACGAAAUUACGGACGCACCUUUUGCCUGCGCGAUUUACUGAAGUGGUGCAAGCGUAUAUAUCGAUUUUCUAUUUAUGACGAUGGUACGAUAAGCGAGACUGCAUCAUCUGGACACGAAUAUAUAACUGAGGAUGAACGUAUGCGCAUUUUAAUCGAGGCGCUGGAUGUAUUUUGUGCGGGUAUCCAUGAUACAAAGACGCGUUUACGCUCUGCUUAUGCACUAGCAGCAAUUUGGGAAGUAGCCUCCGACAAAAUUGACUAUUAUCUCGAACAACGCAAGCCUCAUGUUACUUUUAAUUCACAUGAAGUAACAUUUGGCCGCGUUCAUCUGCCGACAUUGUCGCAACGCGCGCAGCUCGAGCAAGGCACUUAUACAUCUGCUAGCUCUGUUGUAAUGACUGGUCAAGUGCUGCGGUUGCUAGAGCAGAUCGCUGCGAUUGUAACUACUCGUGAGCCAGCGUUGCUGAUUGGUGAGACUGGUUGCGGCAAGACUACGAUUAUUCAGCAUAUGGCGGUGACCAUGGGGCAGCAUCUGGUCGUUCAAAACCUUAAUAUUCAAAGCGAUAGUUCUGAUUUGUUGGGAGGAUUUAAGCCUGUCGAGAUCCACUUGCUCGCCCGCCCAUUAUACAUCAAAUUUGUGGAUCUUUUUACGGCCACAUUUUCGCAAAAAACUAACGCUGAGUUUCUUAAUGCAGUUCGGAUAGCGCUAGAGCACAAGGAGUGGAAGAAGCUCGUGAAAGGCAUGCAAAAAGCCAUUCAUAUGGCUGUAAUUAAGCUACAAGAUAGCAGAGCUGACCGUAACAAUACCCACUCAAAAAGUGAAUUAAAUCACAAGAUGGUCGUUGCCGGUUCUUCGGCAACUAUGUUGGUGGAUCGUUGGGACACUUUUAGAGCUGAUCUUAUGCAUUUUGAACGACAGAAAGAGCAAGCAAAGUCACACUUUGCCUUUUCAUUUGAAGAGGGAGUUCUUGUGAAAGCGCUGCGAGAAGGUCAUUGGGUGUUGCUGGAUGAGAUAAACCUUGCAUCCUCCGACACAUUAGAGCGAAUUAGCUCGUUGCUUGAGCACGAAACAAGUGCAUUCUCUCUGACUGAGCGUGGAGAUGUUGAAAUCAUUCGCCCGCAUCCUAAUUUUCGUCUCUUUGGCGCAAUGAACCCAUCGAACGACGUUGGUAAAAAAAAUCUCCCGCCAUCUUUUCGCAAUAGAUUUACGGAAAUCUACGUAGAUGAGUGUGUCAAUAUCUUGGAUUUGCAAAUGGUGGUCCACCAUCAAUUCAAGGAAAUAUCCGAAGCGCUAGUACCUGAGACGGUAAAGUUUUACUUGGAAGCACGAAAACAAGCAGAAGUGCGGCUAAGCGAUGGUGGACGUCGCAAACCUCGCUAUUCUCUGCGUACACUAAGUCAGGCCCUUCAUAUUACGCGCAUGUUAAUUCAGCGGGGCUACGGCACCUCUAGAGCAAUGUUUGAAGGCUUUUGCUCUACUUUCUCCACACAACUUGAAAUGGAAUCCCGUAUAUACCUUGAGACUCUUAUUAAAAGCACAUUUGCAAAGACGAUUAAGGCAAAAGAGCUUAAGCGCUCGCCACCAUGUCCUGGUGGACCUAAAAGAACGGGCGAUUUUGUGUUGGUGUGCUCAUACUGGAUUCAAAAAGGUGAUUUUCAGGCACCAAAAGAUGAAUCACUGCCGCAUCCGGUUACCUCACGACGGAAGUUUGUACUCACAAAAUCGGUAGAAGAAAAUUUGCGUCAUGUGGCGCGCGCAGUAGUCAUCGGCAGGUAUCCAGUUCUGUUGCAGGGACCAACAUCUGCUGGAAAAACAUCGCUUAUUGAAUAUCUGGCCGCCCGUAUUGGACAAAAAUGUGUGCGCAUCAAUAACCACGAGCACACGGAUAUUCAAGAGUACCUUGGAAGUUACGUCUCGGACCUGAGCGGCAAGCUAACUUUUAAGGAAGGCGUCUUGGUGGAUGCGGUACGGAAAGGUUGGUGGAUUAUCCUGGAUGAGUUGAAUUUGGCUCCAUCGGAGGUUCUGGAGGCUCUCAAUCGACUGCUUGAUGACAAUCGUGAGCUCUUUCUUCCCGAAACCCAGGAGAUAGUGAAGACGCAUCCGAAGUUUAUGUUGUUCGCGACGCAAAACCCUCCUGGUUUGUAUGGUGGGAGGAAAGUCCUGUCACGCGCAUUCAGAAAUCGUUUUCUUCAGAUUCAUAUUGACGAAGUAGCGUCUGGUGAGCUCCAAACCAUUUUGCAAGAGCGCAGUUCGCUGCCGCCAUCGUAUUGUGAGAUCUUAGUUGACGUCAUGCGGCAAUUGCAGCUUGUUCGACAGCAAUCGUCUGUCUUUGCUGGGAAGUCUGGCUUUAUAACAACUCGUGAUUUGCUUCGGUGGGCUGAACGUCGACCAGCAACAAAACAGGCCUUAGCGGAGGAAGGCUACUGUUUGCUGGCGGAGCGAUUGCGGAAAGAUCAAGAGAAGGAAAUUGUGAAGCAAGUGUUAGAAAAAAAGUGCAACGUCACUAUUGAUCUAGACUCUCUUUAUUAUAGUGGUAAGCCUCGCGAAUCAAAUCUUCUGGACAAAAAUGGCGAGGUCGAACAUGAGACGGUUUGGGGGACCAAGGAACAGUUUGAACGUGUUCAAAACAUUGUGGAGCAGACCUCUCAAAUAGCAGCUACCGGAAAGCCUAGCAACAGCGCACCACAGUCCGCAGGUAGUGCAGCAGGCUUGAAAAAUAUUAGUGUUACCAAAUCACUACGACGGCUUUUUACACUGGUAGGACGCUGUUUGCAAAACGAGGAACCAAUCCUAUUAGUUGGAGAGACUGGAUGUGGCAAGACAACUGUUUGCCAGCUGUACUCGCUUCUUUUCUCACAGCCGCUACACAUUUUAAAUUGCCACCAACAUACAGAGACUUCGGAUUUCCUUGGCUGCUUGCGUCCCGUGCGAGGAAAGGAAAAUAUUGCACACGAACUGGAAGAUGCACUCGCGACUUUUCUUGCAAAAGGUGACGGAUGUAUCGAUGAGCACGAGAUUGAACAACGCCGAGAUAAGGUCAAAUUACUGGGCGUAAGUGCAAUGAUAGUUCAGUAUGAAAAGAUGCGUAAUGGUGCUAUAGAGGGUGUUUCUCCCCCCCUUAAGGAAUUAGCAGUGCGAAUUGAUGCUCUCACGCGUCGACUGCUGUCUAUCUUUGAAUGGGCUGAUGGUCCUCUGGUUGAAUCAAUGAAGAAGGGGGAUUUGUUUUUGAUUGAUGAAAUCAAUCUUGCAGAAGAUGCAGUAUUGGAACGAUUAAAUAGUGUCCUUGAGCCAUCUCGUACGCUAUUGCUGGCUGAAAAAGGUGGAGACGAAAUCGAAGAAAUAGUUGCCCACCCAAAGUGGCGUGUAAUGGCAACGAUGAAUCCAGGCGGAGAUUUUGGCAAGCGCGAGCUAUCUCCUGCUUUACGCAACCGCUUUACAGAGAUCUGGGUACCGGCUAUUUCAGACUUGGAUGACAUCGCCACAAUCAUUCGUGACAGACUGAUUCGUCCCCACCGCACCGAUAUGUCACCUCACCAAUUCUCACUGAUAGCACGUGAUCACUUAUCGUUAUUGUGUGAUCCCAUUUUGAGAUUUGUGAUGUUUUUUAAUGAAAAAAACGGAAAUGAUGGAUGCGGGGCAGUAACACUACGCGAUAUUCUCAAUUGGAUUGAUUUCAUCACAUCUGUCGUCAAGAAGCAAGAUGAUGAGCUGUCGAUGAAAGUAUCAGCAUGGACAGCAUUUGUGCAAGGAGCUGCGUUGUCAAUAUUGGACGGUUUGGGUCUUGGUUCUGACAAGGCACUACUCACGGCACUGCAUGCUCGAGAAGAAGCAUAUGAUCAUGUAAUUGCGCUAGUGCCAGAUGAUAAUGUUUAUGUGAAGCAAAUGGUUACCAACUCGCUUAAAAUCACGACAUUUGAUGACGGAAAAAGCAUUGAUCAGCUGAACUCGUUUGUCUCUGAAGAAGUUACGAAAGAAAAAUUUGGUAUAGGUCCAUUUUUGAUUCCACGUGGGCCGGACAAUACUCGUAGAAAACCGGCAUUCUCGCUGAAGGCCCCGACAACUUUGUCAAAUUUAUACCGUGUAUUGCGUGCGAUGCAGGUUAACCGCCCAAUCAUCUUAGAAGGCUCUCCUGGCGUUGGCAAGACUAGUUUGAUUAGUGCUUUGGCAGCGGCAUCCGGCCACCACCUUGUACGCAUCAAUUUGUCUGAACAAACGGACAUCUCUGAUCUCUUUGGCUCUGACCUUCCUGCUGCAUCAUCGCCAACCGAUAUUGUAGAGGACGAUUCCUCCACAAAUAUGCCCGGUGGAAAAUCAAACGGCAUGUUCAAGUGGUGCGAUGGCGUUUUCUUGCGUGCUUUGAAAGCUGGCGACUGGGUGUUGCUAGAUGAGCUGAAUCUGGCUUCGCAAUCUGUUUUGGAAGGUUUAAACUCGUGCCUCGAUCAUCGAGGUAGUGUUUAUAUCCCGGAACUGGAUAAAGAGUUCGAGUGCCCGCCGACCUUCCGUGUCUUUGCCGCGCAAAAUCCGCUUCGUCAAGGUGGCGGUCGGAAGGGAUUGCCUAAGUCAUUUUUGAAUCGAUUCACUCGCGUUUUUGUUGAUACGUUGCAUGAAGAAGAUUUGAAAUAUAUUGCUAGCGCAAUGUAUCCAACGCUACAUUGUGCAAUUACUGAAGCAGAUAUGAGUAACUCGAUUUUUGCGGGACAAACGUUGCUAGAGCGAAUUAUUGACUUUAAUCGUGCAGUUUACGAGGACACAAUGAUUCGGCGCAGUUACGGCCGUCUCGGAUCACCGUGGGAAUUCAAUCUGCGAGACGUUUUUCGCGUUUGUGACCUGCUCAGGCAGCAUACAUUAUUGCUUAGCUGUGCAGAGGAUAAGCGUCACAUUUUGAGUUAUUACGACUGUUUUGGGCUCAAGCCAGAUGAUCGUACGGCUGUCUCAUUUCGUAUGUCGGCAGGAUUCGUGGAGAUUGGAAAGGCAUCACUCAAGCGUAAGCAAAUCUUGCCUUUAAAUCGCGUUGCUCUGCCACUUCUUAACUUUUUGUUAAAGCCGAUGGAAGCAUUGGUCCAUUGUGUCAACAUGUCGUGGCCAGCGCUCCUCGUUGGCCCACCGGCAAGCGGCAAAACUUCGUCAGUUCGUCUACUUGCUGCUUUAAGUGGCAAUAUAUUGCAUGAGUUGGGAAUGAGUGCAGGAACUGAUGCGACAGAAUUGCUUGGAUGCUUCGAGCAAGUCGAUUUCGGACGGAAGCUGCGUGACGUGAAGCAAAAUCUUCAUGUUAUUUAUGACCAAAUGCUUCAACAACUAAUGCUGUCAAUUGCAUCGACCAAAUCUAAGACGGACAAAACUAAGAUGAUAAAACAGAUGAAUCAACUGAGUCGCACGUGGUGGGCGCUGACAACACGGGAAACGCUCUAUAGUCAAAAUUAUAAUGUAAAGAACACAGCAAAGAAGUUGCCAAGUGGUCAAUUGGAUGAGGUCAUGAUUGACUUGAUGAAGAAUGUUGUAGUUAUACUGAAAGAGAUUAAUCACGAUGAACAUUUGCCAGCACUUUCUUGUCUUGCGAAUGACAUUGAUCAGAUUGAGAAGCUGGGCAAGUCCAAUGCUAUUGCGAGUUGCUUUGAUUGGGUUGACGGAAUGUUGAUAAAAGCGAUGGAGAAGGGUGAUUGGGUUCUCUUGGACAACGUCAAUUUUUGCAGCUCGUCAGUUUUGGAUCGACUGAAUUCGCUUAUGGAGACUGAAGGAGAGAUGCUGAUUAAUGAAUGUGGAAUAAUUAACGGUAAACUUCGAGUGAUCAAACCUCACAAAAAUUUUCGGAUCUUCUUGGCGAUGGACCCGCAGUACGGCGAAGUGUCACGUGCCAUGCGAAAUCGGUGCAUUGAGAUAGCACUUGCUGAUGAGGACGCUUCUCGGCUGGAUUUUAUCAAGUUAUCAUUGUCAUGUGGCAUUCCGAGCUUUGCUUUAUCUCAAACGUUUCAAUCGGUUCACGAGCGUGUUAUUGACAAACUUAAGGAGGUUAUGGGAGGCUCAAAAUACGGUAGUAUCAAUCGUCGACAUUUGGAAAAUUGGUCGUUGCUAUCUUCAGCCGAGAUUUCUCGUGGAGUUGAACCUAUAAACGCAAUCUUCUACUCCCUUCAACGUGUUUAUGGUGCCAAAUUGCUCGCCCAGCUUGACUUAAGUCAAGAUGUAUUCGACUCAAUCAGGCGCGCUAUUGACAUCUCGCAACAAAACUUGCAAAUUCAACGCGUACUUUCAACAAUUGCAGUACGCUCAACGUUUGCCCUUUGUCAGCAAAGCGAAAAAAUCGUGUUGCAGGGAGAUAUUGUGUAUCUCGAAUACCUCAUUUUAUCUACGCAAGCGCCAGAAUCUAUUGACGCAGAUGGUUUGCAGCUGAGUUGGCUUACGCCCAACACAAAUAUUGAUACAGAUAUGAGCGCUAUUACCGAUGAUUGGCUGGAUAGUAUUGCUAUGCGGUGCAAGCAUCUAAAUACAACUUAUUCUCACAAAGCUUUAGCUGAAGCUUGUGAGUCCUUGACGUCUAAAGCUUUCUUUGGACUCGUCGACGUUCAUAACCCCUUGGCAAUGUUACUUGCACCCUUUGCCUUAAGUCGGAUACUUAAACUCUCGAGCACAUGCGAAAACGGUAUUUGUCAGGCCACUUCAGACCGCCUGCUUUUCGCACUAGAGAGAGUCGUUUGUGGAGUCGGUAGUACACGCACGUUGCGAUCGGUUGAGCUGCUCGCACGCUUUAUCCAGUCCAUGACUACGAAUGACAUGUACACUUACGGUCUUCGUAAUAUUGUCGAGUCGGCCCAUCACCUAAAGGAUUUGUCGGCUUAUCCAACUGGCUUGCCGCCGAUGCCAGUGCAUUAUGCUGCAAAAAAUUCAGCUUUUCUGCGUGUGGCUGUUAAUAGCGCCGCUGUUUCAUCCAAAGGCGAGGUCGAAAAGUUUAUAAAUUUCGUUCAGAUUACUCAGCGGCAGAUGGAUUUACUUGACGGUGUGGAAUGGCUACAAUUCUGCGAACAAGAGCAGUAUCGUGAUGUAAAUAUACACUUCAAUCCGUCAGCAAGGAGUAGCAAACAUAAAGGCAGUUCCGGUACCUCAUCUCUGCUCGUUAGCGGCAUGACCAAGCUUUCAGUACUACAGCAGUCUUAUGCCGUCCAUCAGUAUCAUGCAGAUCGCUCAUGUGUGGAUAGCGAAUUGGUUUUCCUCAUAUAUCCACUUUUAAAUUCAUUUGACGUGUUUGUUCUCGCAUUUAUAAAAGCAUCGACAAAUCUGUCGAUUGACUUGUCAUUUUUUGAUGCCGUUCGAGACGCAAUCCAAGACCGCUUCGAAUUUUCUAACCACCUUCAAAUGCAAGUAUUGGAUUUGACACAUUUUCUUAUUCACUGGCAAUGGUUUAAGAAGUCGUUAUUACGACUCGCGAAGUUUAUUGAAUGUAUUACAUUUACUUUGGAUACUCAGUGGAAGAACCUCCAUGAUAUGAUAGAGCGCAUGCAGAAAACAAUUGAAAAGCUUAUUGGUUGUGAGUCGAAGAAGAUGGUGCUGUGGAAAAACGGAGGCCGCUCGCUUUUACCAAGUAAUGCUUACCUAUGGAAAGCUGAGCAUUUAUUAAAGCGACUUUCGAGGACACGGAUGCAGGUGCACUCAAAUUUUUGCGUAGACACUCAAAGAGGCUCUGCUGAAGGUAGCAUUGAUGUAUUAACUCUUCUGUUUGGCGGCGGGAUAUCGAUGGAUGCUGCCAUGAAGAACGCAAAGUUUAACGUCUCACCUCUUUUUUAUGUUGACGCUGAAACUCGAAAGGAAGUGCUGCAUGCACUAUGUGCAAUCUCGUACCUUGCUCAGAAGCAAACAAAUUCGAAACAUGGUGAAAAAGCGACCAAGAUGCACUCUUAUACGCUGAUGACCGAGGAUUUGUUAAGACUUCCGAGCGUUCUUCUCAGUAAACUCCAGGACCAGCAGCUAAAAGUGACGGAGCUUAUUGCUAAGAAGACUUUGUACCUGAGUGAGAUCGAAGAUAACGCCAACAGUCAUGUGGAUUUGCUUACCGAAGAGGACAGUCGCAUUGGUAAACAAGCUCCCAUCUUGCUCCUCGACAUGAAAGAAAAUGCCGUCUUAAUGGAGCGUUUGGUGACGUUUCAACUGAGUCCAUUACUGGAGCAUGAUUUGGCUCGCUUAGAGCUGCAAGCGAUUACGAAGCUUCUGCACGUGCUCAAUUUGCAUCGUUUAUACGCAAAAGAGUCGUCUCAAACCGGAUACAGUGAAGUUAUAGAGGCUGCAAGGGACGUUCUAAAAGUAAUUGACGACGUUCUUGAAAUUUUGGUGCGUCAAGGGCUGCGUGAUCCUGCUAGCUUUUAUGCAUACCAAGAUAUCGUAUGGUGUGGCUACAAAUUUAUUUCGCUUGAGCUGACGGGCAGCACUCAGAAGGAAAUAGAAGCUGAGGUCCAAAAAUUCUUUUUUGUAGUCCAUACACGCCUAAAUGGCUUGCUGUAUCAUUUUCAUCAGUUCUUGCGCUGUAAUAGCUUCAAUCAUAUCGACUUGAUUUCGCUCGAGAUUUUUGACACACGAGUGAAGUUGCGUAAGGCGAACAAGCUUCGCCCUGCAAUUAGCAAUGAUGAAUCUGACCACGCUCAGAUAGUUGCGGGGUUUCCUCGUCUGUUCCAAGCUGUUCAAAGUGCUGUUGUGCUAGGAAACAUUGCUGAAGUGGAUUUGGAAGAGUCCAAGUGUCCAACGAGUGAGGCCGAGGUGCGCUCUGCUCGACUAGAAAAGAUCAAGACCUAUUUAGCGAGGAAGCAUCCUGAUGUAGAAAAGAUGAUUGCGAGCGUAAGUAUCUCUUAUGUAAAGGAGCUUGUUGUGGCUACUGUGCUUGCUUUCGAGUCAACAUUUUCUAAGGACUUAGGCCAGUGGCAAACGGUCCGACAUCUUCUAAGCCGAUUUGUGGAUAAAACCUCGACAUUUGAUAGCAAGGCUCAAGCCCAAUUACUUAAGGCGCUUCAGAGCUCUAGUGACAAAACAUUUUCAGUAUUAGUAGACUCACUUGUGUCACCACUGAUAAAAGCUGUAUCUACAGCAUCCAAGAUUGAUGAUAAUGGUGACCAGAUGAGCCUCAGCGUCCUCGGAGUGAGUAUGGUGAUGCUAGGCAUGUGGCGUUUCGCAUUGCUUCUUCCUUCCUCGCCGUUGGAUCCCGCUACAAAGCCAUUGGUGAAGAAAAAGAAAUUGAUGAAUCGUCUGGCUAUGUUAACCAUGCAAGACGCAUCAAACUCAUCAAUCCAUCGACUUAAUCCUUCGCCCUCAUUCGUGGCGACUGCCGAAGCUGCUGUUCAGUCUUUGAACGGAUUGUAUGAUCAGGUUAAGCAAGCAUCUGCUUUUGCUAUUCAGCGAUACCAACUUAAGCCACAACUUGAUGUGGAUGCCAUUGACCCGAGUACGUUUGAAAUGCAACCUGUGGACAGUGCUGUCUUUGGAGAUCUGUUCCGAGAUCUAUUGCGAUUUUCUCUCACCGUAAUGCCAGCCGAUAAAAUGUCUGCCUUGCUCUUUGCGGCUCAAGCUUCAAAGCCGUCCUUACAGCGAAAGCGUGAGAUUUUACGUGAACUUGAAAUGUUCCAGCAGACAUCGACGAGCUUUCUCGCUCAUCUGUCUAAAAAGUUUGGCGACUGCUUCCAAGAUAUUUUAGAACCGAUUGGGGCGACUAUAUACUGUGUAAAGGAAGGUGUUGCACUCGUGACUUGGUCAUUGUAUCAGCAGAUUAAGGAUGCAUCGUUAAAAGAACAAGAGAAAGAGGCAUUGGCUUUAUCACUGGUGCAGUUUCCUUCUCCACUAAGCGUGACGUCGAUAGAUCAGUCUUGGCGUAGCAUUCAGUUGAUGUUGAAAACAGUCGGCACACCGGCAAUGUCAAUUGUAUUUGGUGCAGGAGAAGCAAACAAGCGCAAGAUUGAGGCAGCUCUGCUCAAUGUUGCGCUGGCAAAAGUGGAGUGUCUUUUUCGUGAGAUGCUGACGGCUUUGCGUACAAAUUGUGCGCUAGACUCGUCUGUUGUCGAGUCUGCUUUUCAGAUCAGUAAAUUACUUUUUGAUAUGUGUUUGGCUGAAUGGCAGAAACAGAUGGAGUGCAAGGAGCAAAAACGAAAGGAGGAGGAACAACUUUUCAAGUACAAGGUACGUCAGCUAGACUUGGAAACUGAGGAUGAGCUCCUGGAAAAGGAGUACCGCGAUCAAUUUCCAGACUAUUAUCGUGAUUUUAAAGAUUUUCUGAGCUCUGAGCAAUCGUUGACUAGUGACUUGGACAGCCCUGGUGGCUCAAAUAAUUUGGAAAUGCUGGUCUCUGAUAAAAUGAUUCGACGAUUGUGUGAAGCACACAUGAAAAUGUAUGCAGAGAUAGCAAACUCGAAUGUUGCUAUUACUGAUGAUGAGAUCGUUAAUGCCUUUGCACGCGCUUUUUCUCUUGCAGUGAGGCUACGCAAAUCUUUGAAUACCAUGACCUCAUUUAAUCUUGAAACCACAAUUGCAUCUUCCGGUGUACUCGCUGCAUCUCUGGUUCAGACUCGACUUGGAAGCAUUACUGGGAUAUCAAAGAAGGCGGUUCCAGUAUCUCAAGCUUUGAACAGUGAAUACAUUCAAGGAAUCGACUUCCAUCGUGAUCCUAUGGUCAAAGAAGUAUUGCUGAUUGCAGAGCCGUUACAAAAUUUGCUUGUAAAAGUGCAAUCGCUCUUGGCUCAGUGGCCUGACCACGCAAUCUUGCAACAAAUUGUACUAAUUGCUGAUCGCAUCCGUAAUUUUGAGAUAAGUUCUCCACUGGCUCGCACGCUCUCUGGUGUGGAGCUUUUGCUGCGGAAAGCACAAGAGUGGGAGAUAUAUGCCGCACGUGCAUACUCAAUCACUGACGAGCUCAGUGCGCUAUCAUCUUUGGUGACGCGCUGGAGAAAGCUUGAAUUGUAUUCGUGGCCUCACCUUCUCUACGUCAAAGAAAAGCAGCAUCGCUUUACGGCAGAAAAUACAUGGAUCAACAUGUACUCACUGCUGACAGCGCAGUUCGAAUCGGACACAUCGAUGGUUGAUGUUGCCGUGUUGAGCAGCAACAGCCAUCACGAUUUACAAUGGCUUCAUCUCAAUAAUCUCUCAAAAUGGUUAUUUGCUCAAUCCCAUGAGAUUAGAAGUGAAGACCAGUCUCUCAGCGACGCAGAACGUGCAAAAUUGGAGGAGCAACGUGAUUUUAAGACAAAACUUUUUGAUACUUUGGAUGCGUACAUUCGGUCGUGCCCGAUCGGACAGUACGAGGUCCGUUUGAAGAUGGUAUAUUCAUUCUGUGCACAAUUGUUUAUUGAUUUUUGGAGUCUUGCAAAGCGCGAAGGAUCAUCUUUUAAUUUUGCUGCGAACUCGACUAAGUAUGCGCUGGCCAACAUGUUAUACCAUUUAUAUCGGUACUACGCGCAACAUUUGGGCUACUUGGACCGCCAAUGGAGCGGUUUGAAGGCUCCAAUCCAGCGCAAACUGAUUGAGUUUGUAAAGAUCUGUCGCUGGGAUGAGCAAACGUAUUACUCACUUGCAGAGUCGGCCGAAAAGUCACAUCGCAAGUUGAUGAAGUUUGUACGUGAUUAUGACUCUGUACUGAAUGUAUCGAUGCAGACAGUAAUUGAUAGCUCAACAGAUAGUGGCAUCACUAAGGAAGGCGGAUUUGUUGGGAUACAUGCAACGAAAGCAGAGCUUGCCAGUCUUGACGACAGAGUUGCUGAUGUUGAAAAGUGUGAUCAAGAGUCCUCUGUCGAUGGAAGAGCUGCAAACGACGUUGAGACAAAGCUGAAAGAAGACGAGGUUUGGGAGACAGAGAGACCUCCUGUUGUACGCCUGAUUCACAACGGCAUACGCCUCGUAGAUCACGUAUGUGAUGACGACACAUUGGUACUUAAACAGUCUGUGUACGUCGAAAAACUGCCAACAUUGAUGAUGCGCAUUGCUAAGUACACCGACAAAUAUAUUCUUGCAUGCGAUCAAGUUGAAUACCGGCAACAAGUGCGCGAAGUGUGCGAUGACCUGUGCAAGACAAUCUUCUACCGACUGUCAAAGCUUCAGUCAGCCGCUGCAUUGCCAAAAGGGGCGAAGAAAAAAGCUCUUGUUGACCUACUUAGUGAGUUAAAGACACAGGAUUUCGGAUAUCACCGAAUGCAGCUUCCUGCUCAGCAACAACAAAUUCAGCAAUUGUUUGAGUUAGAUGUGCCAGAUGUGGAGAACUGUCUUCGCGUUGAUUUAACCAAAACAGCUCUAGCCCCUCAGCUUCCGCAGGAUAGGUCCAGGACGCACAACCUCAAAGGUAUAAAAAAGCGCAGCAAAACGAUAGGCAAACAAUUUAAGGAAGAAGUUUCGCUAGAAGGCAAGGCGGCAAAUAACUCGCCGAUAUGGUUGUGGCAGCGUGCUGAUGGAUACUACUACCGCUUCCUCGGACAGCUGGCUUCGUUGCGGUACAGUGCAGUAACAAGCUUCUCGCACGAUUUAUCUUCAAUCGAAAUGGAAAGAAUGUGUGGUUAUGCUGAAAAUAUGCUGUUUACGAUGCUACAGCAGCGACAGAUCUUGCACGCCGUCUCACUGAGUCACGAGAGAUUUGUAAAUGGAUUAAGCACGCUCAGUUUGAUGAAGAAUUUCAAAACUGCUUAUCUCGAUUCCGCUCACCCCGGUCAAGCAGUUCGGGAUUCGGGUGGAGCAAGCAAGUGGCAAUCAUUUCAGCAAAUAUCUAUAAUGGAGCUGCGCCGCUCUCUGCGUGAGCUUAAAAUAUCGACGCUACAAGCUCUACAGCAAUUGUCAGAGACGAAGUCAAUCGAGAUGCAAGCUCGCCAGCAAUUCCAGCUUAUUUAUCAACAUUUAGACGCGGUACAAAAGUCGUUUGUGGACACCUCUGGGUUGGCCCAGUCUCUCGGUGUACCUGCGACUCCUUACAACAUACUCAAAGCUAAAGAAGUCGUCAAUGGUGUUUCUGUGAUUGGGGCCUUUGCACAGUCGUCAAAGCAUUUCUAUGGCAUAUCUCCAUUAAUUACGCAAACAAACUCAUCAGUUGAACAAUUGCCUCCGGCGAUAACCGUGCUGCAGGAAAAUAGUGUUCAUUUUGACGAAAUUCAGCGUCAUCUUCAUGAUAUUUCUUCAUUAUUUGGUUCCGUAACGACGCCGAAUUUCUUUGUCAAAUUCCUGGACGAGUACGCCUGCAUCUUUCGCACCGAUAGCCAGUUCAAGCAGGCAAUUUCUGAGACUAGCAUUGACUUGCUCGCAUCCAGUGAUGACCAUGACAUCGAGAGUACAAACUCAUUGUCAGCUUUUACUGAGCUCUAUGACAAAUUCGUCGAGACAGUGCUAGUGUCGAUUCAGGAGUUGACAAAGAUCUCCAAGGAAUUGUCGUCAUCAAAUGUCAAUCAAAACAAUACACAUAGUGAAGCUCUAUCGCUGCGCAAGCGACUUGACUUGCUGUUGACAAUGGUGAAGGUUUCGCGUAUAAAUCAGAUCGCGUCUCAGCUUGCUGAGUUGCUGAAAUUGCUUCAACAUCAGUAUGCAAAGCUUGCUAGUACUCGGACAAGAAGCUGGCAACGUGUAUUCUUCGUUUCCUUGUUGGCGCUAGAGCGGUUUGAACCGAGUUUAUUUGAUGUGCGCGGCAUCAGUCGCCAGCUGCUUGUUGACUUUAUUGUGGCGCACAAAAGUAUGAUGAAGCUGGACUUUGUACUAGUUCGUAUCUUCCGAAAUCUAUUUUACCACGGCUUUUGCCGUACAGAGGAUUCAAAAGACGAUAAAGGUGAUGGUGAAGGCAAGAUGCAGUUCCAAGACGAUGUGGAAGGAACUGGUAUGGGCGAAGGUGAGGGUAAGAAGGACGUGAGCCAUGAGAUUGAGGAUGAAGAGCAACUUUUGGGCUUGCAAGGAGACCAGAAAGAUGAGACCGACCCGCUGGCGGACCAAAAGCCCGAGAACACGGGACUUGAGAUGCAAAAUGACUUUGAAGGCACAAUACAGGAUAUUCCUGAUGACGAAAAAGACGAUGAGAGCGAAAACGAAGGGGAAGAACUAGAUCGGGAAAUGGGCGACUUUGGUCAAGACGCUGAAAAUGUAGUGGAUGAGAAGAUGUGGGAAGAUUCUAAGGUACAAGGUGAAGCUUUGGAAGAUGAAGUGCGUGGAAAGACUGACGACAAAGAGAACGAAGAUGACCAGAAGAAGAACGAGGACAAAGCAAUGCCUCAACGUGAUUUGUCGGGAGAAAAGACUGUUGAAGACGGUAGCGACAACGGUGAAGACGACUGUGAUGAUGGAGACGAUACGAAGAUGGAGGAGGUCAAUGAUGAUUUGGAGGAUAAGUAUGAGGACCACCACGGUGUGGACCCUACUGAGCGAGAGGAGGACCACGAUGAGGAUGGCCCAGAUGAAUUGCACGGUGACGAAUUUGCUGAGGAUAUGCAACUUGACAAGGAUGAUGGAAAUGCAGACAUGGAUAAUUUAGACGAUGAUAUGGACAAAAUGGGUGAUUCGGAGAAUGAGCCGAGCGACAAUGAGGCAGGCGGAGAGGAAGCUGGUAGAACUGACGAGAACAAUGUAGAUGAGGAGGCAAGUGAUGAAGAGCAGCUUGACAAUGCGAUUCAGCUUGGUGGUGGUGGAAUGGAAGACGAGCAGGAGCCAGCGGAGGAGAAGAAGGAAGAAGAAACUGAUCUAGCUGAAGCUUCUGAGAAAAUGAAAGAAGAGCAGGCUGCUCCAAAUGUGGCUGGUACUAAGUCGAAAGAUGGUCAGGACGAUCUAGAAGCGAUCGAUGAGGACGCUGACGACGAUGAAACUGAAAGCUUUGAUGCUAAGGAGCAGGAUAAAAACACGAGCAACGACGUUAGCAGCAGUCGUUCUCAAAAGCGAAAUGACAGCAACGAUGAGGACGCUAAGCAGGAUUGGAAGGCGCAGUCUCAAGUUGAGAACAAGGUAGACACUCGGGAAAAACGCCGCGACCGCUGCGAUCCGAAUCCGUAUCGCAAUGCUCAGGAAGCACAAGAACAUUGGAAGAAGCGUGUGGAGAUGGUCGAUCAAACGAAAGAAGAAAGGGAGUUUGACAAGACAUUGACCGACGAUCAGGAGAAAGCAGUAGAAAUGACAACAGCGGAGUUUGUCGAUGACGACGAUGAGAUGGAAGACGUGGAGCAUGCGUUGGCUGCUGCUGCUGAGAAUCAGAUCAUGAAUCAGCUUCGUUCUGAAGAGGAAGAACACGUUGAAAAGGAAGAAGAACUAGAAACGAAUGCUCAAAACGGAGCGACAGCCAUGGACAUUGAUGAAGAAGAAGAGAAGUCAAUUGAUAAAUCCAAUGAAGAAAACCAGAACCCUAAGACUGCUAAGCAAGAGUCUAAGUUUGAUCCGGAUGCACUGAUGGAUAAGCAAGAGGAUCCGAAACUGGAGAAGCUCGAUGGAGAAGCCAAGGACUCUACCGAUAUCAAAGAGCACAGGCUUUUAGACGACAUGAUCGAGCAAGCACUUCCAACGAAGCUUCGUAGCCAGGAUGUAAACGCUAGUUUGCAGGACCAGAUUGACGGUGAAGAAGUAGAAACAGAGGCGAAGCUACUCUCUCCUGAUGAAGUUGCUGCUUUGCGCGACGAGCUCGACUUGUUUAUUGCAAAUUGGACAUUUCAGCUGGAACGAGAACAUGGCACGGACCUUUGGGCCAAAUAUACGGCAUUGACUGCCGGCGCAUCUCAGCGACUUUGUGAGCAGCUUCGGCUUGUGCUAGAACCUAUGCUUCGUGCAAAGCUCCAAGGCGAUUACCGAACCGGUAAACGUAUAAAUAUGCGCAAGGUGAUUCCGUACAUUGCUAGUCAGUUUCGCAAGGACAAAAUUUGGCUGCGUCGUACAUGUCCAUCUAAGAGGCAGUACCAAGUGAUGCUUGCAAUUGACGAUUCCGAGUCGAUGGCCGACAAUCACGCUGGUCGUUUGGCUUUGGAGGCUCUGUCGACAUUCUGUAAAGGAAUGACACAGCUUGAAGUGGGUGAGCUAGCUGUCGUCAAAUUUGGUCAAAAUGUUGAGCUGCUACAUGCUUUCGACACACCAUUUACAGACGAUGCAGGAAGUCGCAUCAUCAGCCGUUUUGGCUUUCAGCAAAAGAAGACAAAUAUGGUGCAGACGCUCGAUACUAUCUUACAGAUUCUCGAAAUAGCAAAGCAGUCAGCAUCGACAGACAGCAGCACUGUCGAGUUUACUCAGAUUGUUUUUUUAAUCUCGGACGGGCGGUUUGACUCGGAUGGCAGAAUGCGGAUUCGAAAGCUGAUUGAGACGGCACUGGAGCGUCAGCAACUUAUAGUGUUGCUUAUUGUGGAUCAAAAUGCAGCCGAAUAUGAUGAUGCAGUGAACCAGCGGCAAACGUCAAUUCUCGAUACCCAAAGCGUGACGUUUGAGAAAGGAAAAGUGCGCAUGGUGCCAUAUCUGGAAAAUUAUCCAUUUCCAUAUUAUGUAUUGAUACCGACUUCUGCAAUGCUUCCAGAGAUCCUUUCAGAUUCACUUCGACAAUGGUUUGAAAUGCUACAGGUCAAGAGUUAG